AUGGCCGCCAUAUCCAGCCUUGUAUUGAGCGACUCUCUACCCACAAAGGAUCGACCAGAAGAGUUGGACACUCCCACAACACCGAGGCCGAGUCACUUCGCCCCCAAUGUCACGAAUGGGUCUCAGUCCGCGACUGUCGAUCAUUCAUUUCGAGCCUCCCAACCUGCGAGUCAAGCGCCUCAGGAAGAUGGUCUCAUACAACACCAUGACAAUGCGAUAGACAGUAACAAUAGCGACGAUCGGAUGUCAGUGUCUAUGGAGAUGGACGACGACGACGAUCUCGAUGGCUCUGACAAUGACGGCGAACUAGGUGAGGGAGACUCGGCCUCCCGGAAGAAGAAGGGCCAAAGGUUCUUCUGCACGGGCUAUCCACCAUGCAAUCUGAGUUUUACCAGAAGCGAGCAUCUCGCUCGUCAUAUAAGGAAACAUACUGGAGAACGCCCAUUCCAAUGUCAUUGUAAUCGCCGCUUCUCUCGUCUGGACAAUCUGCGGCAACAUGCCCAGACUGUCCACGUCAAUGAAGAGAUUCCCACCGACUCUCUUGCGGCAACUGGGACACGAUUCCAGAGACAAAUUCGCACAGACCGCGUACGCCCCACCGGGCGCCCUCGCACGGGUACUGGAGGAAGUACUGGAGGUCACAGCCGCGGCCAUAGUCGCAACCUCUCGGCCUCCAGCGUGGGUUCGACCUCGUCGAAUUACAGUAUCGUCACAGAAGCCAAACGCAGGCCACCUCCGCUUCUGAUGGCAAAUGAUCCAACGACUCGGCAGAAUCUAGGUGAACCUCCACAAACACCUCCUGCUCAGUAUCGAGGAUUUGAUGGAAGCACCACCAGCGGCUUGAGUACUCCAACUUCGGCCAACUUCUCCACGACGACGCCUGGUAGCCCUGGUUUUCUGUCUUCAAUCGGGUCUCCGGGCUCUACUACCUCUCGUGGAGGUACCUUCUUUGGUUCUAGACCACCGACCCGUCGACUUAGUGUGCCGUCAGGGCCCAACCCUUAUCAAAACCAGUACGCUCCAGGAUAUCCCAUGACUUAUAUGAAUCAGAUGGGCCCACCAAGUUCGGGUGCAUCUUCAAACUCGGGCGCUUUUGCCAGCCCUACCUCGACUUCUUUUCCGAUUGCUCCGGGACCACAGGUCUCGCCAGGAGAGGACUGGCGAAGGCGGACAUGGCAUGCAUCCACAUUUCCCGCCGCCAACUAUAAUUACAACCGACCCGCAACAAGCGGCUUGACAUAUUCUCAGACACCUGAUGCACCUCAGCCGGCUCAUGCUCAACAUGCCACUGCUGCUGCCGGUCAAGCACCUCGACUUCCAGGAAUUGAAAGUUUUGACCAUGUUCAACACCGCCCAUAUACCCCCCCUCGUCGGCAACCUAGCCCGAUGCAACUAGAUUCGGUACCAACAGAUCCUCAAUUGUACGCUUCUGCACCUCACCAUGACCCGCGAGGUCAUCAAAGCCAUAUCUCUUGGGAAGGGCCUCGCACUAGUCAGUAUCCCGAACUGGAGGAACCUGCCAACAAGCGACAAGUCACCGUCAGCUGGGGGCAACAAACAAUUAAUGAGAUUCAAAACGUUGGCAUGCGCCAUCACGAGGUCCAAACCCAUGUCGGCAUGGGACCCCCUCCGUCUUCAUUCAACCAUUCCCACCAACAAGGAACGAUGCGAGGGGGUCUUGAAACCCCAGGUUCUGCCAAGCAAAACAAGAGACAGGCUUGGUAUAAUGGACCUAUUCCUAUGGCACGGACUUCUCCGGAAGACUCGAGUAGCAGUGAUGGGGUACCGACACCCGGGAUGACAGCGGUUGAGGUACACCCAAUGAUAAUGAACGGCAGCGGCUAUAUGGAAACUCAACAGGGAGCGAUCGCUCCCGAAGGGCAUCAGAAUGUAUGUCUCGCGCCCUCUCCAUAUAUAGAAGAUAGCCGCCACCAGAGAACUGUGUCAUUCAACGAACGCGGUGCUGGUGGAGGUGAGAUGAAUCGACUCGAGGCUCUGGUUGCAGUUGCGACGAGUGGCGAAAAUGGUUCACGAUGA